UUAUUUACGGUAACAAACACUCUCUCUCCCCUUUUCUCCCUCCAUUCGUGUAAAAUAAUGGGCAGGAAAUUCUUCGUAGGCGGCAACUGGAAAUGCAAUGGAACGACUGAGGAGGUAAAGAAGAUUGUGACCACUCUAAACGAAGCUGAAGUGCCUUCAGAAGAUGAUGUAGAGGUUGUUGUAAGCCCUCCAUUUGUGUUUCUUCCAAUUGUGAAGACUUUAUUGCGCUCUGAUUUCUCUAUUGCUGCACAAAACUGUUGGGUGAGGAAAGGUGGUGCUUUUACUGGCGAGAUUAGUGUGGAGAUGCUACUGAAUUUGGGUGUUCCUUGGGUUAUCCUAGGUCACUCUGAAAGAAGACUCGUAUUAAACGAAUCGAAUGAUUUUGUUGGGGAUAAGGUUGCUUAUGCAGUUGAUCAAGGCUUGAAUGUGAUAGCCUGUGUCGGUGAGACACUGGAGCAGCGAGAAUCGGGAUCUACAAUGGCUGUUGUUGCUUCACAGACCAAAUCAAUCGCAGAGAGAGUGUCAAGCUGGUCGAAUAUUGUUUUGGCUUACGAGCCCGUUUGGGCCAUUGGGACAGGCAAAGUUGCAACUCCAUCACAAGCUCAGCAAGUUCAUUUGGAAUUGAGGAAAUGGCUUAAUGACAAUGCUGGUGCACAAGUUGCUGCAUCUACGAGAAUUAUUUACGGAGGUUCCGUAAAUGGAGCAAACUGCAAAGAGUUGGCUAUGCAGCCUGAUGUGGAUGGCUUUUUGGUUGGUGGAGCAUCUUUAAAGCCGGAGUUCGUUGAUAUCAUCAAGUCAGCAACUGUGAAGAAGAGUACCCAGACUUGAAAAUUUGGAUAAUUACAUGUUUGAAUUUAGACAGUGUAACGAAUAUUAGGAAUCAACAAUACUUGUGUACUGAAUGGUUUGUGUAGUUAAUCUAGUAUUCCUGCCUUUUAACUUAUUUUAUAUUUCACAUAUGUGGUUAGAGUUUGUGAAAGCUCUAUGGUACAUAGGUGGUGUUUGCAAAAGCUUACUUAAAAGCAAGAGUUUGUGAUUCUGAG